AUGAUAAUGAAUUUAUUGAUGGUGUUUCAAUAAAAAUUGUGUAUAUGUAUUCAAUUUUUUUACCAUUUUUUCACUUUUAACUUUAACAACCAACUUUAACAAAGAUGAAUAACCACGAUAACAUUACAGAUGCUGAUAUGGAAGCUGAAUUUAUUGAGCGAAACAAUAAUUUAAAGAGAUCAUGGAAUAACAUAAUUGACAAGAUUGAUAACGUUGCAAGAAGCACUCAUAGUUACUUGGAAGCUCCUGAGCUCCGUGCAGACAUUAACUCUACCUCAACUGAAAGCGGACACCUUGGUGCUUUUAAAGCAAGUGGUAACCCUGGCAAUUAUAGUGAUACUACAUCUACUUCUGGUAUGAUGAACGGCCGAGUAAAUAGAACUGGCUUUUAUGAUGAAGACUCAGGUUUAAACAGUGGCCGCCAUUCUACUGGCUUUUACGAUGGCAGAAUUAAUUCUGCUAUUUCAAACUCUCGGUCUAGAUCUGGUUAUGAUAGCACACAAGCUACCGAUAAUUUAGAAACUCGUCGUACACCCUCGAAUGUUUUAGUUGAACAAUCUAGCCGCCACAGUGGGGGACUGACCAGCAUGGAUCGCAAAUUGAUGAAUAGCGUACAGAGUGACAUCCAUGCUAUGCACUCAACAGACCCAGAGGAAUUCGAAGGUGUAGCUUCUAAGAUCGAUGAAACCUUUGGUAACACUGCCUUGAUGUAAAUAUAAAAUAUAUAUAAGAAAAGUGGC